AUGAGUUCAAAAGUAUCUGUUGCUACAGUUCGCACUUCCAUAAAUACUGUGCUUUCCAGCUCCAACGACCCCGAGACGAAGAGAAAUUUUAUCGAGUCUGUUGAGGUCCAAUAUGGGCUUAAAAGCUAUGACCCCAACCGUGACAAGCGUUUUGGAGGUAGCAUCAAGCUUCCAAACGUUUCUCGCCCAAAUCUCACCGUCUGUGUUCUCGGUGAUGCUUUGCAUUGCGAUCAAGCAAAGGCUCUCGGCAUCCCCUUCCGAUCUGUUGAUGAUCUCAAGAAGCUCAACAAAGACAAGAAGGAAGUCAAAAAGCUUGCAAAGUCUUUCGAUGCAUUCCUUUCUAGUGAUGUUGUCAUCAAACAAAUUCCAAAGCUGCUAGGUCCUGGUCUCAACAAGGCAGGAAAGUUUCCCACCCCAAUUUCCCAUGCCGACAAAAUUGCCGAAAAAGUCCAAGAGCUCCGCGCAACCGUCAAAUUCCAAUACAAAAAGAGCCCGUGUCUCGGAAUUGCUGUUGGAACUGUUGAGAUGUCUGAAGAAGAGCUUGUUGCAAACGUGAUGUUGUCGACCAACUACCUUGUCUCCCUGCUUAAAAAGGGAUGGCAAAAUAUUGGCUCCGUUUUCCUCAAGUCUUCUAUGGGAAAACCCAUUCGUCUAUAUUAA